ACCGCCCCGCGCCGCCCACGAGCAGCGAGGCCGCCUCCCCACCCGCCCGCCGGUAGGAGGCCUGGGCCGCCCCGUGCCCGCUGCGGCGGCGGAGCGCGGCCUGCGCCGCGCGGGGAGCGCCCGGGGGCGGGGGGUGGCCGCGGCGUUGUGGUGGCGCGGGCCGCGGGCCGCCGCGUGGCGGAGGUCGCCUUUGCGAGAGAAGGGGGAUCGGAGGGGAGAUGGGCGCCGCGCGGGCCGCCGCAGCCGGGCGCUCACUCGGACGCGCGUAGGAGCUCGGCGGGGUCGCAGGCGCGCUUUAAAGGCUGGCACCGGCGUAUUCUCUGUUUACGUGACCUAGACAGGUCCUGACGUAAGGAAAAGGAUGAAAUUUGGCUGCCUUUCCUUCCGGCAGCCCUACGCGGGGUUAGUUUUGAACAGGGUCAAAACCGUGGAGACUCGCUGGCGCCCCUUGCUCGCGGCCUACGAGGGCCGCACCGUCGCCGUCCACAUCGCCCUGCAGGACUGGGAGGGCGAGGACUGGCGAGCCGUGCUCCACAGGCUAGGCAUGACCCCGGAACAGCUCCAGGAUUUGCUGGAUGAAGGGGAAAAAUUUGGCAGAGGAGUUGUUGCAGGAUUAAUUGACAUUGGAGAAACAUCCAUGUAUCCUGAAAACUUACCUCCUGAAAAGGUUUUGGAGCUGGAAAACAAAGCUGUCCUCAGUAAUCUAGAACAGAAAUACUUGACUGUUCUUUCAAAUGCACGCUGGCUGCUGGAACCAGUUCCUGCCAGAGGAAGCAGAGGUGUAUGGCAGAUAGAGAUCCCUGAAGAACUGAUCCCUCCAGAAUCGUAGGAGUUGCCUCAUGCUAUAUUUUUCCUUUCUAAAUAAAACUUGUGAUUCACCACUCAAAAUCUUGAAUGCAAGUGAAUUAUUUAGGAUUGCCCUCCAAAGGUAAUUGUCUGAAAUAGUAAAUGUAUUUAUAAAACUGCUGUUUUGAGACAAAAUAAUGAAGAUCUCAUUCUUAUGACCAUUACUGGAAAGUAGUUAUGAUUUAGUAAUUUUUCAUGUAUAGACAACUGUAAAUAAAUGUGACUUUAAUACGUG